AUGAACAUGCUUAGUUUCGCAUCACGAAUCUCAUUUCUUCUGCUGAUGCUGCUAUGUGCCCUCACAUUCCACAGAAGCUUCAGCUGCCAUGACAGGGAUCGAACUUUGCUAUUAAUGUUCAAACAAGGCGUUGUUGAUCCUUCAGGCCGCCUCUCCUCUUGGUCCUCUACGAACCAAGAUUGCUGUUCAUGGCAAGGAGUUACGUGUGAUCUCGACACCAGCAGGGUCCGAUAUCUUCUUUUGUCCAAUUACUUCACGCAAAAUGAAUCCUUGAGAGGUGAAAUCAACUUAUCUUCUUUACUCGCACUUGAAUUUCUGGAAGCUCUGGACUUGCACUACAAUGAUUUUGAACGUUUAAGCACACCAUCUCUAAAUAAUUCUGCUGCAAAUUUUUCUCGGCUUUCUUCUCUCGGCCUAUCAUACAACAUGCAUCUUCCCAUUGAUAAUCUUCAUUGGCUCUCUAAACUUCCUUCCCUAACAUCGCUCGCACUUGGUGGCAUUCAUCUUCCUAGUGAAACGAAAUGGCUUGAUCUCGGUCUAAAUGAUUUUACCUAUGGACUACCUAAUUGGUUGUUCAAUCUUAGCAAAGAUCUUUCCUAUCUUCAACUCGAUCAUUGCAAUUUGAGAGGUCCAAUUCCAGAUUUUUCAAGCUAUCGAAAUCUAUGGGCGUUAGAUCUAUCUGACAACAAACUCGAAGGACCGAUACCUGAUUGGCUGGGCCAGUUUGAAAAAUUAUUUGUGCUUGAUCUCUCUGUUAACUCGUUUCACGGUUCCAUUCCUUCUAAUCUCGUAAACGCAUCACAAAUAGAAUAUUUAAAUAUCAGCUUCAAUGACUUGAGUGGUACACUUCCAAAAAACCUUGACAAAAGGCAAUUUGCAACUUUGGAUUUGUCUCACCACUCAAUUAGUGGAGAUAUAUCGAACAUGUUGCUGGACGGUGGGUAUAUUUCUAUGUCAUUUAAAAAAUUCAAAGGACGGCUUCCUCGAGUAUCCAAUCAGGUCUCAGUUUUGGAUUUAGCUUACAACUCUUUUUCAGGAUCUUUAUCGUCUUUAUUGUGUCACCCUGAUCCGAUCAACCAGCAUUGGUUGGGGUAUUUAGACAUAUCAAAUAAUUAUCUGGCCGAAGAACUUCCUGAAUGUUUGGGCAGUUGGACUUCCUUGUCUUAUAUAUACCUAGGGAAUAAUCGUAUGGUUGGUCAAGUUCCUCCAAGGAUGGGUUCAUCGUUUUAUCACCUGAAGGUGCUAGAUCUACAUAAUAAUAAGUUUUCUGGUCAUGUACCUUGGACCUUUCAUAAUUGCACAUAUUUGGUGCUGAUUAAUUUAGAAGGCAACCACUUUUCUGGAAGUAUGCUAACAUGGUUACCACAAAAUGUAUCAGUUGUGAAGCUAAGAUCCAAUCAACUCACGGGCACCAUUCCUCCCCAACUAUGUAGUCACUCUAGUUUGAUUGUAUUAGAUCUUGCAAAUAAUAAACUUUCAGGACCAAUUCCUCAGUGUCUACUCAAUAUAACCAGUAUGAUUACAGGAGUUCUUGCAAAUGCUUUAACCAUCGAAGGUCAACAAUUAGAGUAUGUGAAAAAUCUAAAACUUGUCCGGAGUUUUGAUCUGUCAGCUAACAGACUAUCAGGAGAAAUUCCUGCACAAUUGUUCAAGCUCACCAAGCUACAAUCCUUGAACUUGUCUUACAAUUAUUUGACAGGAGAGAUAUCUGAGCACAUUGGAGAUAUGAAAAAUCUAGAAUCUCUUGAUUUCUCCCAUAACAGUCUUCAUGGGAACAUUCCUCAAAGCAUGGCUGGUCUAUCUUUUCUAAGUGAUUUGAAUCUCUCAUACAACCAUCUCAAUGGACAAAUCCCACUGGGGACACAGCUUCAGAGUUUUGACGCGUGGAGUUAUAUUGGGAAUCCAGACCUUUGUGGAGCUCCUCUUCAAAAGAACUGCACAAUACCAGAAAAACCAGACAAUACAAAGCAGGUUGAAGGAAAUGACGAAGAUGCUUUUUUGAGAUCAUUGUAUCUUGGGAUGGGAGUUGGAUUUGCAGUGGGAUCCUGGAUAGUUUGUGGUUCUUUGUUCCUGAACAGAGCAUGGAGGCACGCUUACUUUCAAUUCUUCAAUGGUGUGGUGGAUCGAAUAUAUGUCACUGUGGUCAUAAGACUUCAAAGAUUCCGUUGA